UGUUUUCUUCCGGGAAGGUGAUCUGCUGUGCCGAAAGAUUCCCUGCAGCCAGGUUGUUCCAUUAUUUUCCUUCAGUAACCAGGAUACAUUUAUUUCGAAAUGUAUUAAUUUCACAUGGCUACGGGUUAAGCUGUUCGAGAGGUGACGCUAUCGUUAAAUUUUAGUUAGCUUGCUAGCGCUAGAUAGAUAGCGUUAGCGUUGCCUCAAACCUCGUAUCUCUUUAGGUACGGUAAGCAAGAUCAUUGUAUUCCUGCUAGGUUGGAUAUGUGAUAACGGACCUUAAAGUUCUCAUCAAUACAAUGGCGAAGACAAGAGCGACCCGGUCUUUGUGGUAUUGAAGUUUGCCCUCUCUUUCAAUUACUUAUCGUGCAAGGAGUUGGGUCAUGAGAUGAGGAUCCCAGACCAUCGCCAUGGUUACGUAUAGAGAUUGAGAAGACACCUGAUGUGUUAACGAGAUUCAGUGGGUCGGGCGGUGCAACACAUCAGAACACAUCAGAAUAGUGUCCAACUCAACUAGAGAGGAUCAGUGCUAUAAACUUGGCUAUGGAGUUCCCCCAGCAUUCCCACCAGCUCCUGUCAGGGCUGCGCUCUCAGCGUCAGCGGGGCUUCCUAUGUGACUGCACCGUCCUUGUCGGCUCCUCCCGAUUCCUGGCUCACCGGGCUGUUCUGGCCUCCUGCUCGCCGUUCUUCCACAUGUUCUAUUCCGAGGCCACAGGGGUCUCCAGCGGCAGACGCGACUCGGUCACGCUGGACAGCGACAUCGUGACGGCGACGGCAUUCGGCCUCCUGCUGGACUUCAUGUACGAAGGCGUGUUGCGGCUGGAAGCCCCGCCCCCUGUGGAGGACGUGCUGGCGGCGGCGAGCUUCCUGCACAUGAACGAGGUGGUGCGAGUGUGCAAGAGGCGCCUGCUUCGACGGCCGCUGGCUGAAACAGAGGCGGACAGCACGCGCCCAGAGGAGAGUGGCGUCGGAGUAGCGGGGGGUAGGAGGAGUGCUGAGGCCGGGGUUGGAGUGGCAGCCGGGGGGGAACCUGACGUGAUUACGGUCACCGUGCCCGUAUCCGUGACGCAGCGUAGCCAGAGGGCAGUGGAGUCUGUGCGGGUGCACACACCUCUGAGCCCGGACGUAGCAGAUACCACCCAGCCAGGUAUGGGCAUCCUGCCUCCUCCUCCCACAGGAGAGCUGGGGCUCCUCUCCAGGCCUGGCCCCUCUUCUGGAGCUCCGUCCCGCCUAGGGGGUCCGGGGACGUCUUCUCUUUCCAGCCCCUGUAGCUCCACAGAAACGUACAACCGCACCAAACAGAGGCCGUCCUCGUCAUCGUUGUCCUCAUCAGCCUCACUGGUCCAGGUGACCCAGAGUAGCACCUCUGCUGUGGUCGUUUUGACUCAGUCAGGUUCCCCCAUCGGUUCCCCCAGCCCUGAACAGAACUCGGUCAUAACGCAGAGGACACAUCAGCAGCUCCUGCUCAAUGCACAAAACCAGAAGAACACACUCACACAGACUGCAGCGCAGCAUACAUACCCACAGAUCAAAAUCCAGAAUCCUGUCACACUUCAGCCCUCGGCUCCUAACCAGGCAGUUCCCCAGCCCCAAACCACAGAAGGCUCUGGAGGACUGUCGGUGUGGGUGCAGAGGGAGGGGGUUGGUUCUGGAGAACAAUCCAACCUUGAGACUCCGGGGGCUGACCUUCCAGUGGGGAUAGGAGUAACGAAAGAAGAAGAAAAGGAGGAAGACGGGGUGAAGGUGAAGGUCGAAGCCAUCGUCAUCUCCGAUGAGGAGUUUGAAGAAGCCGAGAGGGCAGAGGAAAAGAACAUCUUACUGGUCCAGGGGCGAGGCGAGGGGGCAAGGAUGAUGAUGAUAGUGGGGGACGAAGACGAGAUCACGGACAAUGAGGACGACCAACCAGGGGAGGACAGCGGUAACCACCUCUACCUGCCCGGUACACAUGCCCACUCCCUACUCCAAAUCAACCACCACCCCCCGGAGUCCCUCACCUUCCCGCUGUCCCCCUCCUCCGCCCCUGGCUCCUCUCAGGACGCCCCCUCCUUCCCCGGCUCCCUCUUCCCCUCGGGGGCUCCGCUCCACGUCGAUCAGGUGGCAUACUUCCAGGAGUUCCAGGACUCGAUGGGAAACUACGUGGAGGACGUCCCCACCUGCAGCGUGUGUGGGAAGACCUUCUCCUGCGCCUACACGUUGAGGCGGCACGCCAUCGUGCACACGCGCGAGCGCCCCUACGAGUGCCGCUACUGUUACCGUAGCUACACGCAGUCAGGGGACCUGUACCGUCACAUCCGCAAGGCCCAUGAAAACAGCCAGCCAGCCAAACGCAGUUGUGGGGAGGGGGAUUUGGAGCCCCCUCCCCCUCCUCUCAGCUAACACACAUUCAUACAGCUGUGUCCAGAAGACAUUGCCCACACCUUGUGUCUUAUAGUUCAUUGUAGCUAACUUAAUUGGUGGCUGGUCUUUUUUUAUUUUCUCUACCAGCGUACCAUCUCUGUGAUGAGGAAAAUGUGGAGGCCAAUGAAAGACAAUUAGAAAGCAAGGAUCCAAUUCAAUCUUAACCUUUCAAAUGACCUUUUUUAAAUCAGACUUUGUAUUUUGUUUGACAUUUUCCUCACAUUGUCUUACAUAUGUCAGUGCCAGUCAGACUUGUAUGAAAUGUAAAUGUGAAUUAUAUUGUCAGUGUACCAAACACUAACUAUGCACCAGUGUUGAACUCCAGUCUAAUACCUGUACUGAGUGUAGUCUCUUUAGCCCUGUAACCAUUGG